CGCAUUGCGAGAGCGAGGAUCUUUAUCUCGAAAAAAUAGAGAAAUACAUUGUAAAUAAUGGGUGUUACUGUUGAAACUAUCAGUCCAGGAGACGAGUCGACCUACCCCAAAUCAGGACAGACUGUAGUUGUUCACUACACUGGAACACUUACGAACGGCAAAAAGUUUGACUCAUCGCGUGACCGUGGCAAGCCCUUCAAGUUCAGGAUCGGAAAAUCUGAAGUAAUCCGUGGCUGGGAUGAGGGUGUGGCAAAGAUGUCUGUAGGUGAGCGUGCCAAAUUAACCUGCUCUCCUGACUAUGCUUACGGUCAGCAAGGCCACCCUGGAGUCAUACCUCCCAACUCUACACUUAUUUUCGAUGUAGAACUUCUACGUCUCGAAUAAAUACAAUUUGUAACCAAAAAUUAUUACAACAUCAUUGUUAUGUCAAUUGCCCUUUGAAACUCUAAGUCACAGCUUAUCACAUUAUUUUUUAUCACAUACUCUCAUUGAAGAGUUUAUACCAACAUUAUGUGUAUUUAUAGUGGAAAUAUAUAUAUACUUAUGCUAUCCGUAAGAAUUUCAUAUUAUAGGUAAAUAAGUUUAUGGUAAGACUUAUAAAUGAAAUUCUGAAGAUCAUCGAUUCUAUUUUAUCUGACAACACUUACAUUCCUUAAGAGCAUUUUGUCAUUGUAAUUUCAUCACAAUACUUCUUAUUUACAUUUACGGGAUAAUUGUAUCUAUAUUUAUUGUAGUAAUCCGAUAUUGUCUCAAACUGUUUAGCACAAUCUGCCAACAAAGUGUUUCAUAGUAAUCUGAAAUGAUUUUAAUAUUAUAAACAAUAAAAUUAAUGUAAAAUAAACUCUGAAUACAUACUAAAAA